GUUUUAUUCUGACAAUCAUUUUUGAGGUUAGCUUUUGUUUAUUCUCGCGAUAUAUAAUAGAAAAAAGUUCUGUAAAUAAGAUAUUUGAGGAUUGAUAAGAGGAAUCUUUAAAAGCGAAGAAAAUGGCGGUUGUAAUAGAAACAACUUUAGGUGAUGUAACGGUUGAUCUAUACACUACGAGAAGACCUAUGGCUUGCAUGAACUUUUUAAAGCUAUGUAAAAUGAAAUAUUACAAUUUCAAUUUAUUUCACACCGUCCAACACAAUUUUAUUGCUCAAACCGGUGACCCGACUGGAGUUGGUGAUGGAGGUGAAUCGAUCUUUGGUGUUUUGAAUGGCCCAGAGAAACGCUUUUUUCAAGGGGAAUCUAUGCCAAAAAUUCGACAUACAGAAAUAGGAACAUUAUCCAUGGUGUCAACUGGUGAAAACAUGUUAGGGUCUCAAUUUUUCUUUACUUUAGAUUCUGAUUUAACGUCUUUGGAUGGGACUCAUUGUAUUAUUGGAGAGGUGAGUGAAGGUCAUGAGAUACUAAGGAAAUUAAAUGAAGCAAUUUGUGACUCAGAUAAUAGACCAUAUCAAGAUAUACGUAUCACGCAUACUGUUGUCUUGGAAGACCCCUUUGAAGAUCCCAAAGGUUUUAGAGCUCCAAGUAGAUCCCCAUCACCAAGUGCUGAACGUCUAAAGGGAGGUCGAAUAGCACCUGAUGAGGCUAUAGAUGAAACUGAAGGUAAAACAGAACAAGAGAUCAACGAGAUGAUUCAAGCUCGUGAAGCUAAAGCCAGGGCUACAAUUUUGGAAAUUGUGGGCGAUCUACCUGAUGCUGACAUGGCCCCACCUGAAAAUGUCCUUUUUGUAUGUAAACUGAAUCCAGUUACAACUGACGAUGAUUUAGAAAUUAUUUUUAGUCGUUUUGGAAAAAUUAACAGUUGUGAGGUGAUAAGAGAUAAAAUCUCAGGAGAGUCUUUACAAUAUGCUUUUGUUGAAUUUGACAAUAGAAAAUCUUGUGAAGAUGCUUAUUUUAAAAUGGACAAUGUUUUGAUAGAUGAUAGAAGGAUACAUGUAGACUUUUCACAGUCGGUUUCAAAAAUAAAGUGGAAAGGUAAAGGUCGAGGAGUUAUACUGAGUGAUGAAAAAGAGUCUAACAAUAAAAAAACAUACAGUAAACAUGAAAGAUAUGAUGAAUCCUCAAAGGGCAAACACACUUCAAGCAAAAGACACCAAAACCGAUAUGAUGAUAGUAGACAUGCUAAUGAAAGGGGAUACGACAAGAGAGUUAAAAGUAGAAGAUAUGAAGAAAAAUCUAGGGACUAUGAUAAGAGACAAUAUAAUACUAGAAGACCUGAAGAAACAUAUGAGAAUGAUAAUAGAAUGCGAGAAGGAAAUUAUGAUAAUGAUAGUAGAAGACAUGAAGCAAAAUAUGACAACGGUAGUAGAAGAAGAGAAGAAACACAAGCUUAUGAUAAUAGAAGACAAGAAGAAAAAUAUGACAACAGUAGAAGAAGAGAAGAAAGAUAUGCUAAUGAUAAUAGAAGGCAAGAAGAUAAAUAUGACGACAGUAGAAGAAGAGAAGAAAGAUAUGCUAAUGAUAAUAAAAGACAAGAAGACAAAUAUGACGAUAGUAGAAGAAAAGAAGAAAGAUAUGCUAAUAAUAAUAGAAGACAAGAAGAGAAAUAUGACAACGAUAGUAGAAGAAGAGAAGAAAGAUAUGCUUGUGAUAAUAGAAGACAAGAAGACAAAUAUGACAACAAUAGUAGAAGAAGAGAAGAAAGAUAUGCUAAUGAUAAUAAAAGACAAGAAGACAAAUAUGACGACAGCAGAAGAAGAGAAGAAACAUAUGCUAAUGAUAAUAGAAGACAAGAAGACAAAUAUGGGGACAGUAGAAGAGAAAGUGAGAGAUCCGACAGAAAUUCUUCUAGUCAAAACUACAGAAGACAAGAAGAUUACAAUACAUCAAAGAGAAAAAACUCCUACAGUGAUCAUAAAAAAUCUCAUCAAUCAUAUGAACAUCAGAGACGUGAUGAUGAUUAUGAAAAAUCAUAUUCUGAAAAACACAGGCCGAAAGAAAAGUCUCAUAAAGAUGUUAGUGUGAGCAGUUCAAGUGAAGACGAUAGAAAGUCUAAGAAAAAAAGAAAAAGAAGGUCUGAGUGA